AUGGCAGAGCUUGAAUUACCAUUUAAAGUUAAAGCAAUCUUUGAUUAUAAAUCUGAUUAUGAAGACGAUUUACCUUUUGCAACUGGUCAAAUUAUUACCAUAACAGCAAUUGAGAAUGAUGAAUGGUAUACUGGUGAGUAUGAUGGUAAAACUGGGAUGUUCCCCAAAAAUUUUGUUGAAGUUUUAGUUGCCCCCACAAUUCCGAAUUCGAAUAGACCAGUUAAAAAACAUGAACCAGAAAAUGAGGUUAAGGAACCAGAGCCAACACCAGUCGUCACCAAAUUAGUGGAAGAAAAGAAACAAUCUCCAAAAACUGAAAGUCCUGGUGCCAAAGUUCCGAUGCCACAUUCAUAUACAUCUAAACCAAGUGAUCCAUAUAGUAUUAAAAAACAAUUUGUAGCUGCAGCUCCAUCAUCAUAUGUUCCCAAAAUUACUCCAAGAGAUGAGUCAAAUUUGGUGGCUCAUCAAGCUCAUGACACAAAACAUUCAGAAGAUAUUGUUAAAGGAACACCAGUAAAUGAAGAAGAACCAAAAGAAGAGUCUGGUCCUAAAGUAUCAUUAAAGGAAAGAAUUGCAUUACUUCAAAAGAAACAACAAGAAGAAGCUGAACGUGAAGCUGCUGCAUUAAAACGUAAAGAGGAAAGAGCAAAGAAACAAGCUGAAGAUAAAGAAAGAGUAAAACAAUUGAGAGAACAAAAAAGUGGCGAAGCUCAAUUAGCAGCUACCGCUGCAGAAGAAGCUGAUGAAGAGGUACAAAAUCAUAGUCCAAUAGUUCCAAAUCAUUCUGGCGCAAGUGAGGGAGUUUUUCAUUCUAAUCAUACUGGUGAGUCAAAACCCAGAAGUCUUAGCGCUCAUGAACCUGAAGAAAUUGAAGAAGCCGAAGAUGAAAAGGAAGAAGAUCACGAACUUGAACAAGGUGAAGAAGAUGAUGAAGAAUUAAAACGUAAGAAAUUAGUUGAAAGAAUGGCCAAAAUUUCUGGUGGUAGAAAUAUGUUUGGUAUGAUGGGAAUGCCAUCUCCUUUUGGUGCUUCACCACCAGCUGACAAACCUAAAAAGGCGAAAUCAACCCCUUCAGCUCCAAUUGAACAGACACAACCGCAAUCACCUACUCAAAAUGUUGAAUCAACAAAACAACCAUCUAUUCCAAAUUCUGCACCUGAAAUUCCUCAUGAAAAAUCUGCACCAAAAUUCAGCCAUGAAAGUUCUUCAAUGGCUGAAGACGAUGAACCUUCAGAUUCUGAUCAAGCUGAAAUUAUAACUCAAAAUGAUAUAAAUGAACAAAAUCAUCAUCAUGAUGUUCACGUUUCAGAUAGUGCAGAUGAUCAACAUCGUCCAAUUAGGUUGAAAAAACAUAGUACAUUAGAAGGUGAAGGUACUGGGUAUGAAGCUGAUGAAGAUUUAUCUGACAUUACAAGACCUCAUGAAACAUCUAAAAAUGAACACUUAUUAAAAACUCAUGAGAAGGAUUCAAAUGAGACUAUAUCUUUGGAAGAAGAACAAUUUGGUAAAAAUCCAACAAUUCCACAUCCACCUAUUCAUCCAACACCAACUUCAAAAGAUGCACCACCAAUACCACCUGUACCAACAGUUCCACCUGUCCCUUCAAGAAAUUUAGAUUCUGCACCACCUAUCCAUCAUCAUGAAUUGCCUUCUUCACCUCCAAUUCCUCCAGUCCCAAGUACACUACCAUCAACUGAAAAUCAUCCACCUCCACCACAACCACCAACAAGAACAUCAACAUCAUCAUCACAUCACAAUCAACGACCACCACCACCAGCUCCACCUCGUCAAAUUGAACAAGAUUUAAGCUCAAGUGAAGAAGAAGACCUAGAUUAUGAUAAAUUUGAAAUUGUUGAUAGACAUCCACCAUCAUCAGCUCCUCCAUCUAGAGCUCAAACGUUUGAAGGUCACCAUACAAGAGCUCCUCCACCACCAAUCCCAGGCUCAGUUCCACCACCACCAAUUCCAGUUGGUGAACCGCCGAAAAGAGCAACAACUGAAUUACCACCAUUAGUCCAUACAUCAACAGGUGCGUCAAUUGGCUCACAACAGCAACAACAACAACCACAAGUUCCACAAGGUAGAACCUCUACAGAUUCAACUUUAUCUAGAUCAAGAUCAUUAAAGGGAAACGGAAGUGAACAGAGUCAAGCAGAAAUUGCAUUAGAACAGUUGGAAUUUGAAAUUGCUAAUAUUAAAUCAACAUCAAAUUGGUGGUUCAAAAAUGAUUUACCAGAUCAAUUAAUCAAAAAAAUAGGAAUUGAUUUAAUUUAUGAAGUUGAUUCAAAUAAAUUGAUUAAAAGAGGAGAUAGAUCUUUAAUUUAUCGUGAUUUUUAUAUCUUGUUUUAUGAUUUAUCUCAAUUGAUAAUUGAAUUAGAAUUUGAAGAAAAUGAUCCAAGAAAUACUGUUCAUUUAGUAAAUCAUUUUAUAAAAUCAAAUCCUGUUGCUAGAAAAGAUUUAUUAGAGAACAAUCAUCGUCAAUUUAGUUCAACAAUUGUAAACACUGCAGCUCAUUUCAUCAAUCAAAAAUUAGAUGAUAAUUUAUUAAAUUAUGUUUUCAAUAAUCCUGAAUUAAAAUCUAAAAUAUUACAACCAAUUGGUAACAAAUCAUUUGGAGUAACGAUAUAUAAAAAUUUCAAUAAUUCAACAAUUUCUAAAAUUGAUGAUAUAAAACCUGGUGAUAUAUUAUGGAUUAAAAAUGGAAAAUUUAAUACUCAUAAAGGAAUUAUUGGUAAUAAAUCAAUAACUGUUGGUGAUGAUAAUAGUAGUUCAUUUACUGCGAUAAUUUAUGAAUUUGAUCCAAAGAAAGAAAAAUUCAAAGUUAUUGAACAAGAUAGUGCUGGUCACAUUAAAAAGGAAUCUUAUAAAUUAAGUGAUUUUAAAAGUGGAAGAAUAAGAGUAUUUAGACCAGUAUCAAGACAAUAUGUAGAUUGGUAA